GUGGCACUGAUCACCCCUCAUACAGAGGAUGCCCUGUGCUGUACUGAUGGCUCGUAUUUCUGUUGACUUUCACAUUAUGCUGUUGUGUGUCGCGGUUUGUCACCCGCCACCCGGCCUCUCACCAUCCCGCUGGACGUGUGUAAGAGCGGACUGACUGAAGGUAACUGACCGGAGUGGAAGAGCUGUCCUCUGGAUUGAGGCAAGCGGUUAAAGCGCUUUAAAAAACCUCCAUCUCUGCCCGAAUCGACUGAGUCUGCAUCGCUGCAUUUGUUGUCUCAUCACCAGUGGCGACGGUGUGUAGGAAGGUGGAUCAUGGCAACCAUUUCAGAGGCAAAGUGCUGGUUGACUGGGAACCAGGAGCAAGCCUGAGAAACCUUGUCUGAACGGGAAGGGAGUAGGGUGUUGUUUUUGUGACUUUGAAGCUUUUUUGUUUUUUUGGGAAGAAUAGCAGACCAUGCUAAGGUGGUAAAGAUGUGGUCGAUGGAGGAGAGGGUGUAGAGGAAGGUGACAAGGAAGCAAGGGAGCUCCAAACCUGGAGAGGAAGAUUAACAUCCUUUCCUUUUAUUCUUGCAAUCUUUAGGCAGUACUAAAAAUUGAGGAGCUGUCUGUCUACCUGCACUACUAUGACUCUGAGCUCCUGAAGAUUUUGAUUAUUUUUUUAAAGACAUUCCCCAUUCUUCUUAAAACCACUUGAUUCCUUAAUGGGUUCUCGAAGCCAAGGUUUCUUCCACCACCACCACCACCACCACCGUAGCUCCAUGGUGCCCACCAUGGUGCCGAGGCUGCUGCCUGAGCACGGCAGCCUGCUGGGGGGCAUCGCACAAAUCACCCCCAACCUCUUCCUCAGCAGAGGAAAUGUGGCAUCCAACCGCAGCCUGCUGCUGUCCAAAGGCAUCACCUGUGUGGUCAACGCCACCAUCGAGCUCCCCAACUUCAACUGGCCUCACAUGGAGUAUGUAAAGGUCCCUCUGGCAGAUAUGCCCCACUCCCCCAUCUCCUUGUACUUCGACAGCGUGGCUGACAAGAUCCACAGCGUGGGACGGAAGCGAGGGGCGGUGCUGGUGCACUGUGCGGCUGGGGUGAGCCGCUCGGCCUCUCUUUGUCUAGCGUACCUCAUGAAGUAUCACCGCGUAUCUCUGGCCGAGGCCCACGCCUGGGUCAAAGCCCGCCGCCCCAUCAUCAGGCCCAACGGCGGCUUCUGGCGCCAGCUCAUUGAAUACGAGAGGAAGCUGUUUGGUAGAAACUCUGUUAAGAUGGUGCAGACACCCUUUGGGGUCAUACCUGAUGUUUAUGAGAGGGACCGCAGGAGCCUGGCUCCAUACUGGGGCCUGUGAGAUCUACUGUGAGGAGAUGGGGGAGGAAGUGAGGCCCUUUUGCCCUCCUGGACUGCAGCUUCAUGCAUGUUCAGGACAGGCGGAGUGAGAGGCGUGUAAGUGUACAUCUGUGUGAGGCUUAUUUAAUGAACACUGGUGCAUUUGGACAGAGGGAGUCUUGACCAAACACUGGUUCUCGGUGCUGUUAGUCCAACCAGCUGCCUCCAUUUUGUCUUUUAGUGGGAGCAAAGUGACUCCAAGCCAAGAAUCCUUCAGACCAAAGGAUCCACGGGGACCACAAUGAUGUCAGACACCAAAACAAGAUCAGGGCGUGGAAGUCUGUGCCGUCUAUCUCCUGGUCUGUCUUUCCAGUUUCAGUGGAGGACGAGCUCUCGGUGAAGGUGUUAGCUAUGCUCGAGUCUCUGCAGCUCUGACAGUGAUGCAGCUGAAGUCCUUUUCCUGACGUGAUGAUGUCAUGUGGUGGUAUUGUGCCAGUUUUGCAAUAAUCUUUAGUGUCAAGGGCAGCAGCAUGCUCUCAAUUAUGGUAGCAUUUAAUAUAGGUGUACAGAAAAAAAAUAUGUAGACAAAUUAUUUUAUUGGAAUGUACUGACAGUGAGGAAAAAUGGCAUACUUUAACUGAACAUAUAAAUAUGUUGUUAUAGCUACCUUUUUUAAGGUGAAACAUUUUAGAAGAUGUGAGCUAAAAGUCAAGGUUUAGGGAAAGCUCCUGUGUACCACAGGGUGACCACACUAUAUUAUUUUAGUGCUAUUUGACGC